AUACGCGGUCAGCGCAGCUCCGAGGAGCGAGUGCCCCACAGAUUCUCGGCCAAGUUGGGUUACACGUCAGCGGGAAACCUGUACUGGUGAGUGGACGUGUGCCGCGCGCGUCAGGCAGUUCCCGGAUGACGGAAGCAUGGAUCGGGUUGUGGUGGAGGUGCCGAUCAACAAUGGUUUUUCCAUUUCCUGUCCUUCCACAACACCCAGAAAGCGGCAGGUCCGCUUCUCAGCUCGCCAUGACAUCAUCCUUCUGCAAGAGGUCAUCGCCCAGAACCCCUUUGCCUCCAAAGAACCCGGGCGGAUCUGGGCCCGCGUGGGGGAGAUCAUCACUGCAGCUCUUCAGGAGGAAAACUUUGAGGUGGACGCCCGCAGAUGUCGGGAGAGGACCAUGCUGCUGCUGGACUACUACAAGAAACAAGACUAUCCUAGUUUGCGCAGGUUUGGAACUGAGAGGCUUUACGCUCAAAAGGAGGACCUGCUCCAUGAGGUUCUGGAGCUGGAGGCAGAGAAGGGGCUCCUGGCCAGUGGCGAGGUUGUCAAGUACCAAGACGAGGAACGGAGAAGUCGUGCUCUAGAAGAGCUCACUUUACCAGAACAGGACAAACCCAUCAUCACACAAACACCUGCUCCAGAUCCUGACGACGAGCCCGACCAAAUCACAGAGCUUUCAGCGGCGCCCACCGCUAAGAGGCCCUGCCAGUGCUGCUGCCAGACCUACUCUGAGAUUCUCAGCUUUCUGGAGAAACGCUCCGAGGCCGAGCAGCGGCUUCGAGAGGAAGAGCUGACCCUGCGCAGAGAGGAGUUGGAGAUCCAGAGGAGUAAAAUUGCUCUGGAGAGAGCACGACUGGACGCUGAAAGGAAAG